GAAAAAAAACUACCCACUUGAUAAUCUUUUGCGUUUUUAGGGAAAUUUCGAAUUUUUCUAUACACCCAAUAUUCGAAUUUUUCUAUCCAAGAAAAAAAAGCUUGCUUUAUUGCUUCCUCAUGUAAAACCCAGUGUGUUUUUUGGAUUCUAGUGAGAGAGCUUCACAAUCCUUUCGUUUUUUUGGGUUCCCAAGCUCUCAGCGUACUGGGUUUCGGGUUUUGUCUGAGAAUGGUGCUUACAUGCCGGAAUAUAGAAUUGGGUACGAGUGUGCUUGAUCUGAUAUCAUGUGGGUGUUCUUAUACUUCUCGGACCGGUCAUCGGUUCUUGUCCGGGAAUUUCUCGAAGACGGUGUAUAGGUGUCGUAGUAGCAGAAGCUAUGGUGGUGCAAAUUUGGUUCUUUUUAAGCGGGACAUGAAGACUUGCAGAGUGAUUCCGACAAAAUCUCCAGAGACUGCUCUCGCCAACGGUAUUGGAGAAGGUAAGACGGUGACGUUGGAUUUGAGGAAAGAGCCAAGACUGCCGAUUUCUUUGUCAGAUCUGUUUGAGGUAGUAGCUGAUGAUCUUCAGACAUUGAACAACAAUCUUCUCUCGAUUGUCGGUGCAGAAAAUCCUGUCUUGAUAUCUGCUGCUGAUCAGAUUUUCGGGGCCGGUGGUAAGAGGAUGAGACCGGGUCUGGUAUUCCUCGUAUCCCGGGCCACAGCUGAAUCUGUAGGCCUGAAGGAACUUACAACUGAGCAUCGGCGUUUGGCUGAGAUCAUCGAGAUGAUUCACACUGCAAGUUUGAUACAUGAUGAUGUCUUAGACGAAAGUGAUUUGCGAAGAGGUAAAGAAACUGUUCACCAGCUUUACGGGACGAGGGUAGCUGUUUUGGCUGGAGAUUUCAUGUUUGCUCAAGCAUCAUGGUACCUUGCAAAUCUCGAGAACCUCGAUGUUAUUAAACUCAUCAGUCAGGUGAUUAAAGAUUUCGCAAGCGGCGAGAUAAAGCAGGCUUCGAGUUUGUUUGAUUGUGACGUCGAGCUGGAUGACUACUUGCUCAAGAGUUAUUACAAGACAGCCUCGUUAGUCGCUGCCAGCACGAAAGGAGCCGCCGUUUUCAGCGGAGUUGACAGUGAUGUCACCGAGCAGAUGUAUCAGUUCGGGAAGAAUCUCGGCCUCUCUUUCCAAAUAGUCGACGACAUUUUGGACUUCACCCAAUCCUCAGAGCAGCUUGGGAAGCCCGCAGCUAAUGACUUGGCCAAGGGAAACUUAACUGCACCCGUGAUAUUCGCUCUCGAGAACGAGCCGAGGUUGAGAGAGAUCAUCGAGUCCGAGUUUUGCGAGCCCGGAUCUCUCGAAGAAGCGAUUGAACUGGUGAGAAAUUGCGGUGGGAUCAAACGGGCACGGGAAUUAGCCGAGGAAAAAGCGGAUCUCGCAGUAAAGAAUCUGCAGUGCCUCCCUCGGAGUGCCUUCAGGUCGGCUCUGGAGGAUAUGGUGAUGUAUAAUCUCGAAAGGAUCGAUUAAAAGAAGGAAAGAACAAGAAAGAGGCUUGAAGGGUAUAAACCCUAAAACAGUAUAGCACAGAAAGGGCAUUGUGCCUAUUGUCUUUGCAGCAAUUUGUUAACACUUUUUACUUGUACAACAACAGAAAGAUUCCUUUGUUCUUGUAAAAUGAUGCCUCAGAGGCAACUGUAUCUGUCACAGUUUUGUUUUGGUUCCCUGAUUAAAUCCCGAAAAACAUGGAUUUGUUGCU